CUUUUCUGUCUCUUCUGUGAGACGGUGCGUAUUGCUUGGUUGCUGUCGCGGGCGGCUGUUCUUGAAAAGCAGCAGCAGCAGCAGCAGCAGCAGCAGCAUGUCCGAUAACGAAGACAACUUUGAUGGAGAUGAUUUUGAUGAUGUGGAGGAAGAUGAAGGGCUAGAUGAUCUGGAAAAUGCAGAGGAGGAGGGUCAGGAAAAUGUAGAAAUCCUGCCAUCUGGAGAGCGGCAGCAGGCAAACCAGAAGCGGAUCACCACACCCUAUAUGACCAAAUAUGAGCGGGCCAGAGUUCUUGGCACCCGUGCCCUCCAGAUAGCCAUGUGUGCUCCAGUGAUGGUAGAACUUGAAGGAGAAAUGGAUCCUUUGCUGAUUGCAAUGAAAGAGCUGAAAGCUCGGAAGAUUCCCAUAAUAAUCCGCAGGUACCUGCCAGAUGGAAGUUAUGAAGACUGGGGAGUGGAUGAAUUAAUCAUCACGGAUUGACCAGCUUCCUUGCCAUAUUGCAGCUCCCCUUUCCCACAAUUGUUUUAUUUUUGUGUAAAUAAAUACUAAAAUCCU